AUGGUCACUGCAGCCAGGCACACCGUCCAGGAUCGGAGAUCAACCCGCACAAAGCUUCCAAUGACAAAGCGCAAUUUGAAGGAGGUGCCGAACGUCGAAGCUGACACCACGGAUGCAGGAUCCACGGCAUCGGAAGCAGAAUCAGGACGAUGCUCGAGCUCGGCGGAAGUGUCGCCCGUGCAGAUGGACCUACUCUGGCCGGACAAGCCGCUGCCUCCUGGACAGAUCCAGCGCGGCCAGGAUUUGCCGCCGAAAUUUAGCCUACUGCCCGGCCAAGUAUUCCGGAACCAAUCCGGGGCUCUGGACAAGCCAGGCACGCCCGUUGGUGCACGGACAUCCUCUGCAGAGUCUCUCGAGGAGGGGCUGAGUCGCAAGAGACGUGGUGCUGCCGAGGUCCUGGUCAAGCGAGCAGACUGCACACGACUUCAGAAACGAGGACCGGCCCCCCGCGCGCCGGCGCCAGCACCCUCUCGAGUGGAGCCCAGCCGGUCCGAGGAGCGCGAGCUCUUGGAACGUGCGGCUUCCCUUCGUCUUCCGCUCAAGGUCAAGAUGCCAGAGAACCUUCCCCAGACUCCUUUGGACCUGUCACUGCCAGCCAAGAAGUGCCCCUUCUUUGCGGAGGUUGAUGCCAACAUCUCUCUGCUGGUCCAGGCGACUGCUUUGGAUCCCCUCCUGCCACUGAAGAAGAACCUGACAGACUUCCUUUUGCAGCCGUGCUUCCUUGUAUGA